GCCCCCGCCUGCGCCGCCGCCGUGUGGGGUGCAGCGGCGCCCGCCCCGCUCCCGCCGGCCCCGCUCCGCGGAGCUCGCCCCCAGCCAUGGCGCAGAUCCUGCCCAUUCGCUUCCAGGAGCAUUUCCAGCUCCAAAACUUGGGCAUUAACCCAGCAAACAUUGGAUUCAGCACCCUAACAAUGGAAUCUGACAAGUUCAUCUGCAUCAGGGAGAAAGUGGGAGAGCAGGCACAAGUGGUGAUAAUUGAUAUGAGUGAUCCAACAACACCCAUCAGACGUCCAAUUUCUGCUGAAAGUGCCAUCAUGAAUCCAGCUUCUAAAGUAAUUGCGCUAAAAGCUGGGAAGACGCUUCAGAUCUUUAACAUUGAGAUGAAAAGUAAAAUGAAAGCCCACACUAUGGCAGAGGAAGUGAUCUUCUGGAAAUGGAUAUCUGUGAAUACAGUUGCCUUGGUGACAGAGACCGCAGUCUACCACUGGAGCAUGGAAGGAGAAUCUCAACCCCAAAAGAUGUUUGAUAGACAUGCAAGUCUUGCAGGCUGCCAAAUAAUCAAUUACAGGACAGACGAACAUCAAAAAUGGCUAUUGCUGAUAGGAAUUUCAGCACAGCAAAAUCGUGUGGUUGGUGCAAUGCAGCUGUACUCAGUUGAUAGAAAAGUCUCACAACCUAUAGAAGGCCAUGCAGCAGCUUUUGCAGAAUUCAAAAUAGAGGGAAAUGCCAAACCUUCCACGCUCUUCUGUUUUGCUGUGAGGAGUCCUGCAGGGGGCAAGCUACACAUAAUUGAAGUGGGUCAGCCAGCUACUGGAAAUCAGCCAUUUGUUAAGAAAGCUGUUGAUGUGUUUUUCCCACCUGAGGCGCAAACAGAUUUUCCUGUGGCAAUGCAGAUUGGAAUUAAGCAUGGUGUAAUCUACUUGAUCACAAAGUAUGGAUAUAUUCAUAUGUAUGACUUGGAGUCUGGUGUGUGCAUCUACAUGAACCGUAUUAGUGCUGAUACUAUCUUUGUCACAGCUCCUCAUGAACCUACCUCAGGCAUUAUUGGUGUGAACAAAAAAGGACAGGUGCUUUCUGUAUGUGUUGAGGAAGAUAACAUUGUGAACUAUGCUACUAAUGUUCUCCAGAAUCCUGACCUGGGUCUGCGUAUGGCUAUCCGUAGUAAUCUAGCUGGGGCAGAGGAAUUAUUUGCCAGAAAGUUCAACACACUAUUUGCUCAAGGAAGCUAUGCAGAAGCUGCUAAAGUAGCAGCAUCUGCACCAAAGGGAAUUCUGCGUACCAGUGAUACAAUCAGGAAGUUCCAGAGUGUGCCAGCUCAGCCUGGGCAGGCGUCUCCCCUGCUCCAGUACUUUGGAAUAUUGCUUGACCAAGGACAGCUGAACAAGUUUGAGUCUCUAGAACUCUGUCGCCCUGUACUACAGCAGGGCCGCAAGCAGCUUCUGGAGAAGUGGCUGAAGGAAGACAAGCUGGAGUGCUCAGAGGAGCUGGGAGACUUGGUGAAGACAGCUGACCCAACCCUUGCACUCAGUGUCUAUCUUCGUGCUAAUGUGCCAAACAAAGUCAUUCAGUGUUUUGCUGAAACUGGUCAAUUCCAGAAAAUAGUGCUGUAUGCUAAAAAGGUUGGCUAUACUCCAGACUGGAUCUUCUUACUGAGAAGCGUGAUGAGAGUCAGUCCAGAGCAAGGCCUGCAGUUCUCUCAGAUGCUGGUACAGGAUGAGGAGCCACUGGCUAACAUUAACCAGAUUGUGGAUGUAUUCAUGGAGAACAGUCUUAUCCAGCAGUGCACUUCCUUUUUGUUGGAUGCUCUGAAGAAUAACCGCCCUGCAGAAGGCCACCUUCAGACACGUCUGCUGGAGAUGAAUUUGAUUCAUGCCCCACAAGUUGCAGAUGCCAUCCUUGGAAACCAAAUGUUUACACACUAUGAUCGUGCUCAUAUUGCCCAAUUGUGUGAAAAGGCGGGCUUGCUCCAGCGAGCUUUGGAACACUACACAGAUCUCUAUGAUAUUAAACGUGCUGUUGUUCACACUCACCUCUUGAAUCCUGAGUGGCUUGUGAACUUCUUUGGUUCUCUCUCGGUUGAAGACUCUGUGGAGUGUUUGCGUGCCAUGCUGUCCGCCAAUAUCAGGCAAAACCUACAGCUCUGUGUGCAAGUAGCUUCUAAAUACCAUGAGCAACUUGGCACCCAGUCUCUUGUGGAGCUUUUUGAAUCUUUCAAAAGCUAUGAAGGACUGUUCUAUUUCCUGGGUUCCAUUGUAAACUUCAGCCAAGAUCCAGAUGUCCAUUUCAAGUAUAUCCAGGCAGCUUGCAAGACUGGUCAGAUAAAGGAAGUAGAAAGGAUCUGCCGUGAAAGUAACUGCUAUAAUCCAGAACGAGUGAAGAACUUUCUGAAGGAGGCAAAGCUCACGGACCAGCUUCCUCUCAUCAUUGUCUGUGAUCGAUUUGACUUUGUUCAUGACCUGGUGCUCUACUUAUAUCGCAAUAACCUGCAGAAGUAUAUAGAGAUCUAUGUGCAGAAGGUGAAUCCCAGCCGUAUACCAGCUGUGGUUGGAGGACUUCUUGAUGUGGAUUGUUCUGAAGAUGUCAUUAAGAACUUGAUCAUGGUGGUUAGAGGGCAGUUUUCAACAGAUGAGCUGGUGGCUGAAGUGGAAAAAAGAAACCGGCUUAAGUUGCUGUUGCCAUGGCUUGAAUCAAGAAUUCACGAAGGCUGUGAAGAACCUGCCACUCAUAAUGCUUUGGCAAAAAUCUACAUUGACAGUAAUAAUAAUCCAGAGCGGUUCCUUCGUGAGAAUCCUUACUAUGACAGCCGUGUAGUAGGCAAAUACUGUGAAAAGAGAGACCCUCAUCUGGCCUGCGUUGCUUAUGAGAGGGGGCAGUGUGAUCUGGAACUCAUAAAGGUUUGCAAUGAGAACUCGCUGUUUAAGAGUGAGGCUCGCUAUCUGGUACGCAGGAAGGAUCCUGAGCUCUGGGCAAAUGUUCUGGAGGAAAACAAUCCAUUCAGGCGGCAGCUUAUUGACCAGGUUGUCCAAACAGCUUUAUCAGAAACACAGGAUCCAGAGGAGGUUUCUGUUACUGUGAAGGCCUUCAUGACUGCUGACCUGCCUAAUGAAUUGAUUGAGUUAUUGGAAAAGAUUGUCUUGGAUAAUUCUGUAUUCAGUGAACACAGGAAUCUCCAGAAUCUACUGAUCCUGACUGCCAUUAAGGCUGACCGCACUCGUGUGAUGGAAUAUAUCAAUCGACUUGAUAACUAUGAUGCCCCAGAUAUUGCAAACAUUGCCAUCAGCAAUGAACUAUAUGAAGAAGCCUUUGCUAUAUUCAGAAAAUUUGAUGUUAAUACUUCAGCAAUCCAGGUGCUGAUUGAGCACAUUGGCAAUUUAGACCGAGCCUAUGAAUUUGCAGAGAGAUGCAAUGAACCAGCGGUAUGGAGCCAGUUAGCUAGAGCACAGCUUCAGAAGGACUUAGUGAAGGAAGCCAUUGACUCCUAUAUAAAGGCAGAUGAUCCGUCUGCCUACAUGGAAGUUGUUCAAGCAGCUAACAAAAACGAUAACUGGGAGGACCUAGUCAAAUUCUUACAGAUGGCCAGGAAGAAGGCUAGAGAGUCUUAUGUAGAGACUGAACUUAUUUUUGCUUUGGCAAAAACCAAUCGUCUCUCAGAACUGGAAGAGUUUAUUAGUGGUCCUAAUAAUGCCCAUAUACAACAGGUUGGUGACCGCUGUUAUGAAGAAGGAAUGUAUGAAGCUGCAAAACUACUCUAUAACAACGUAUCUAACUUUGCUCGCCUGGCAUCUACCUUGGUGCACCUUGGAGAGUACCAGGCAGCAGUGGACAGUGGCCGUAAAGCCAAUAGCACAAGGACUUGGAAGGAGGUAUGUUUUGCCUGUGUGGACGGAAAGGAAUUCCGCUUGGCACAGAUCUGUGGCUUACAUAUAGUAAUCCAUGCUGAUGAACUGGAAGAGCUGAUAAGUUAUUAUCAGGAUCGUGGCUACUUUGAAGAACUGAUUGCCCUUUUGGAAGCUGCUUUGGGUCUAGAGCGUGCUCACAUGGGAAUGUUUACUGAACUUGCCAUCUUGUACUCCAAAUUCAAGCCUCAGAAAAUGAGGGAACAUCUGGAGCUCUUUUGGUCUAGAGUUAAUAUUCCAAAGGUGCUUAGAGCUGCAGAACAAGCUCAUCUCUGGGCAGAACUUGUAUUCCUCUACGACAAAUAUGAAGAGUAUGACAAUGCAAUAAUUACAAUGAUGAAUCAUCCCACUGAUGCAUGGAAAGAAGGGCAGUUUAAAGACAUAAUUGCCAAGGUGGCUAAUGUGGAGUUGUACUACAAAGCGUUGCAGUUCUACUUGGACUACAAACCUUUGCUGAUCAAUGAUCUUCUGCUUGUGUUAUCUCCACGACUGGAUCACACCAGGACAGUCAAUUUUUUCUCAAAGGUUAAUCAGCUACUUCUAGUAAAGCCUUAUCUGCGUUCAGUCCAGAACCACAACAACAAAGGAGUUAAUGAAGCUCUAAACAACCUUCUAACAGAGGAGGAGGACUACCAGGGUUUGAGAGCUUCCAUUGAUGCCUAUGACAACUUCGAUAACAUAACGUUGGCUCAGCGUCUGGAAAAGCAUGAACUAAUUGAAUUUAGGCGUAUUGCAGCAUACUUGUAUAAGGGUAACAACCGCUGGAAGCAAAGCGUGGAGCUAUGCAAAAAAGAUCGUCUGUAUAAGGAUGCUAUGCUGUAUGCUGCAGAAUCCAAAGAUGCAGAGCUAGCUGAGAAGCUGCUUCAGUGGUUCCUGGAAGAAGGCAAGCAAGAGUGCUUUGCAGCCUGCCUCUUCACAUGUUAUGACUUGCUGCACCCGGAUGUAGUCCUCGAGCUGGCAUGGAGGCAUAACAUCAUGGACUUUGCAAUGCCUUAUUUCAUCCAAGUGAUGAGAGAGUAUCUUACCAAAGUUGAUGGGCUGUUCUAUAAGGUGGAUAAACUUGAUGCUUCUGAAAGCCUAAGAAAAGAAGAGGAACAAGUAGCUGAACCCACUCCAAUAGUAUUUGCCAAAAACAUGGCUGUCCUCAAGCGUACUGCUAUUUUAGAAGCCAUUCUGAAGAGACAUUCUGCUAACAAGCACCUAGAAGUGGCUGGCCAGCAGUUGAUGUUGACAGCAGGCCCCAGUGCAGUACCUCCGCAGGCAAACUUCCCAUAUGGAUACACAGCGCCAGGAUUCACCCAGCCGCCUGUUUAUGGUUUCAAUAUGUAACUAGCGCUCUGACAGACCUUUGCUGUCUCUGUUCUCUUCCUUCCCGUCCCUUUUUAACUUCUCCAAGAAGUGUACAAUGGUUCUAAGGCACAGAUGACUCUCUGUUGGCUGAACACUUGCUGCCCUGCUCAGUGAGGAGACUUCAACGGAUGCCUGUUACUGUUAUUUAUUGAUUAUUGUCCGGUUACAUUUCAACCUCUGCAAGGCAGCUUUUGUUAAUGACAUUGUGAGACUCUUGUCUGAAGUUAAGGCACUAUUUCACUAACUCAUAUAGCAAUAACUGCUUGAGGCCAGGGGGAAGAGAGCAUUUUUUUUUUCUUUUGCAAAGCCCAUUGAAGGCAGCUGGGAAAAUGCCUGGCACCAAGUUGUUAAAGCUUUAGCUGAAGCUACUGAAGUAGCAGGGAUGUCAACAAUUUGGUGAAGCAUCUCCUUAAUGAUGAUUUGUUGAAAGCUUGUGUACAUCUGACUACCCCAUUUUCUUUGCAGUCUCAUGUGCAAAAGAAAAUGAGCUUUCUAAUAUUUGUGCUCUGAAUGUUUAGAGGAAUAUUGGGAAAGUUUCCUUUUCUGGACAAUGCUGUUGGGGUUCAGGUGGAGUCUGUUCUAUAUUUUCUGGAGUAAAUCUGAGACUUAAAGAAAAUAAAUCUUCUCAUACCAGAGAGCAAA